GCACCAAGCAAUGUCACAGUCAAUGGACUUCUCGCACAAAUCAUACGAGGCCCCGCCUCCCAGCCUGGACAGGAAGCGCCCCUUUCUGACCCGAUUGGCAUUCUGGGGAAUGUAGUUUCGAAGCUGAACUUGUGAAUCCGCCCCACAGGCAUAAGUGGCUGAAAGGCAAAGCCAGGCGAACUACAUUCCCCAGAAUGCCUUGCCCGGGCGUACCAUUUGCAUGAAUGGGGUGGCGGAUGCCCGUUUCCCGGCUGAGAAGGAGCGAGCGGGAGCGCUGAAGGGAAGGCGGCACGGAAUGAGCUCCUGGGGGAAGCGCUGAGCGGAGCCUGAGGGAGAUGCCCCGGGACGAGAUGAGCUCUCUAAUACAGAAGGUGGCCCGCCAGGCCCGGCAGACUUUUCGCAGCACCGGAGGGGGCGGCCCGGGCCCGUCGGCGGAGAGUCUGGGGCAGCUGCGGAAACUAGUGAGCCAGGUGCGGGCGGAAGAUGUGGGUCUCGGAGGGGGUAGGCCGCGGAGCGCUGGAGGGAAGGGCCCGCCCGUUACAUACAUGCACAUCUGUGAGACAUCGUGCUUCAGCAUGGGAGUGUUCCUGCUGCGCCCCGGAGCCUGUAUCCCGCUGCACGACCACCCGGGGAUGCACGGCCUGCUCAAAGUGCUUUACGGCAAGCUGCGCGUCAGCGGCUUCGAUCGCCUGGAAGCGGCCGGGGGAACAGCAGCAGCCAAGGAGCCCGAAGCUGCCGCCUUCAGCCCGCCUCUCCUCCCCUAUGAGUGCGGCUCUGUGCGCCGGGCGGCGCUGCGCUCCGUGGGGGAGUUGGGGGAUAGCAGCCCGCCCUGCCUGCUGGCUCCGCACCGGGAGAACCUGCACCAGAUCAGCGCAGUGGAUGGGCCCGCCGCCUUCCUGGACAUCCUGGCGCCCCCGUACGACCCGGCGGAUGGAAGGGAUUGUCACUACUACAAGUUACUGCAACCGGCUGCUUCUUCCGCCGCCCCCGCCGGGGAAAGUGACGGGCCCGCUGCCGCUUCAGCCAACCCUGCCGGGGGCACCGCCCAGAAGGAGAUCUGGUUACUGGAGAUCCCGCAGCCCGAUGAUUUCUGGUGUGGGGGGGAACCGUACCCGGGCCCCAAAGUCUCCAUAUGAGGGGCCCAUUCUGCCCUACAGAACUCACCCACAGGGCCCCAACUGCCCCCCCUGAUCUGCUCUACAGUACUCACCCAUAGGGGCUCCCAGGCCCCCGCUAAUACAGGACAUUACAGGUAGAAGUGUCUAUAAAUGGCAUUUAUCUGCAACACAAUCCUAUGCAGGGGCUGCUUUACAACAGCAGGAUAGGGGUCUGGCCCCCACUAGCCCCUCUAGGGGUUCCGGAAGCUUCAGCAGAAUGGGCCUUUAGCAAAGAACUCAUUCGCCGGGUGGCUCUACACAGGCCCCACUACUACAAAAAGGAUCCUAUGGUUCUGACCCGCGCCAGCCCCCGAUGAGGGUUACAAAAGUCAUCUAGAACACACAACUCAUCUGCUGGGUGUUUCUGCACAGGCCCCAACCCAGAAGGAUGGGUAAGGGGUCGGCCAUGACGAGUCCAAACAGGGACUCCGCAUCUUUAACUGAUGGUCAGUUUGUUUGCUACACAGAACUCAACAGCUCUGCUUGGCCCUUACAGGGCAUGAUAAUGUUCCUUUAUGGGUGCAUAUUCGUUUGUUAUUCAAAAACUCAUUCUGCACAUGAUCCAGUACUACAAAGGGCGGCCAUGAAUCUCCAUAUUGGCCCAUAUCAUCCUUUUGAUUGAUUUGAUGACCACAACUCAUCUGGGAUCACCUGCAUAGACCUUCCAACUACAUCAGGAGGAGGACUCUGUUCUUACAUGGAUCAUAAACUCCCUUAUUGAUCCCAACUUGUCUACUCAGAAUUCAUCUAGUGGCAGCCCCUAUACUACCACACUACAACCUGGGGUCUCCAGAAUCCCCUUGUCCCCUCUUGCUUCCCAUUAAACGCUUGCAUUGGGUCUUUUCUACAGUGACUUUAUAAGAACUUCCCUGGGCCCAACUGAGUGCCCAACACACAACUCACCACCACUACUCUAAAGGAAGGGUCUGCCCAGGGAGUGUUGAUGGUCAGCUGACAGGGGAGUUUAUUGUUUUUGUGGGGCCAGGCUAGCAACUUUUUGUUUGGGGUGUCAAAACAGGUCUUGUUAUUUUUCCAUGGUAAAGUCCAGUAAGCCAUGCCCACUACCCUUGUAUAUAGUGUUAAGGUAGAUGCCAUGAAAAUAAAGCAGUUAUGGCAUCAUUUGGGUUGUGAGAAGGCUAAGAAUGCAUUAAGUCCCCAGGAACCCUUCAGCACUUGUGCCCCUGUAGCUUCUAGUUGCCAAUGCCCAGCAGCCUGGAGGCCACAGAGGUGUCACUGACAUUGCCUGUAUCUUUUAUAUAAAGCAGUAGACAUUCCCACCUCCCUUUUGAUCUGCCCCUUUGGGUUACUAAUUACAGCACUUAUAUUUAAAAACCACCACCAUCUUCCACCCCCCAAUGCUAGUGCUUCUAUAUAUGUUCCACCCCAAUCCAAUCAGCCGGAUUUUGUAUUAGAAGUAAAGUCGGGGGUUGCUGUUGCCUUACGGUUAAUUUAUUAAACCUUUGUGUGUUCCUUCUCCUUGCAGGUGGCUUGUAGUUGCACAUCCCCGGCGCUGUGCUGUCUGCCAUUUCCUAUCGAUCUGUAGUCUUUCUCAGCCUGUAGUCUCAUUACAUCAUCAGUCAUAAGUACGGAAAUGGAUUAAAGCAUGUUUACCAGCCACAAACAUGAUGUAUCUAUGUGCCAUUUAAGCAAUGAAUGCAGCAAUCCCCUAGCGGUUCGUACGCGAGUCAUUUUCUUUUAAAUGUUUCCAGAUUUCUUUUCUAUAUUGCCGGGGAAAUGUAAACAAAAGUAUAUUUUCUUUAUAUCGUUCCUUUAAUCUCACGCAGCAGAGCCUAUUCUCAUAGGGCAUUGUCAAGCACCAAGCAAUCAACUGACAGCAUCCUCUGUAAAAGGAACCAUUUGGCUUUCUACUUCCUUUGCAUUGUCACGGAACGGUCUCAUUAUGGCCUGCAAGUCUCAUGGCUAAUGUAUACAGCAGAUGCUAUAGGCUUGUUUCUCCCCCAUCCGGCCGCUCUCGCUUUUUUUUUUGCCUGUUCUUGAUAAUGCAUUAUGUGAGAGCGUUAACCUGCCGUAUAGUGAUAUUACUGACCACUGCCUUUACAUUGAUUAUACUGCCUGUUAUUAAAGCAGCACUGCCGUCAGCAUGAAACAGGGUGACCGACUUGAAGCAUUUGCCUUAUUUGCGACUUAAACCAAUGUAUUUUAGUAAAAAUGUAGCCUCCGAUAAUUCAAGCUAAAUGUGAAGGAACAGUCCAAUAAUAAGGUGCAUCAACACACAUCCCUGGUUAGAUGCAUGGUAAGAAGGCU